CGGAAAAAGUUGCGAGAUGGCCAUAUUACAGGUGAUCGAAGUACGACAGACUGCGAUGAGGAAAAAUGCUUUGUCUGCGAAACGCGUGUAGCGAUGAGCGACUGUGCUGAUUGGUACGAAGCUGGCUAUAAAAAAGAUGGUGAGUACAGGAUCAUUGUCAAAGGGAAGCCUUAUACAGUCUACUGCGACAUGCACACCGCUGGAGGAGGAUGGGUUGUGUUCCAGAGGAGGAUCGACGGAAGUGACUCGUUUUGGGACCAUAACUGGACCGAGUACAGAAAUGGAUUUGGAAAAAUGGGACUGAACUCCAACUUCUGGUUGGGUAACGAGGCUCUAUAUCAGCUCACGAACAAGGAUUCUGAUGUGAUUCUUAGAGUGGAGAUGAGAGGUGACAGAACACCAAAAGCAAAAAAUCCUAAUGGAUACUGGUGGAAUCACUACUUCAAAUUCAGGGUUGGACCUGAAGAAACCAACUACACGCUAGAACGACUCCGCCUCGACUGGAAGCACAAUGAGGGUAACGCGUCUACUGCGUGGUACGACAUUACAUAUUCCGUGGGAGCUAAAUUCUCAACCAUUGACAGGAUUAAUGACCCGAGACCAAAUUGCGUGACGGAGUAUAGAAUGGGGGGCUGGUGGCUACGCUAUUGCGCAUUGGCGACGUUGAAUGGAGCUUAUGAAUUAUCUAAAGACCCUUCUCGUGAAUACGGUAGGUUUUCUUCGUUUUCUAAUCUCUAG